AUGUCUGAAUACGGUAUACCGGACGCGCUCAGCUCAGGAACCGAAAUAAACACUUUACCAACCACCGACGACGCGAGCGGUGAUGCGCCUGUGUUUCCUUCACUACAAAACAAUGGAGCUACAAGUCCACUAUCUUCCGAAGCCGCUGGCGGUCCUACGAUUGAAGAAGACGAUAACGAUGACGAGCCAGCGGUAGCGAAACCCUUUGUCCGAACGACAAGCCCUGACCCGUCGACCAGGGCUAUUCCUGACACAUUUGACGAUCGUGUUCCCGAUCGGUUGAUUUACAAGAUGCAUAAGUUCAGUCUGUACGAGACGGCCAGUCGAUAUUAUAUCGUCGGUGUAGACGUCAGCGAGAAGCGGUACCGGAUCCUCAAGAUUGACCGCACCACCGAAGGUGCAGAGCUCAAUGUCACAGACGACAAGAUUGUUUAUAGUCUCAAAGAGAUGAACCAACUGCUGGAUACCAUAGACGACGGCAACCGAGGCACAGGCGGUAUCAAGCUCCGCUGCACCACAUGGGGUUUGCUAGGAUUUAUCAAAUUCACUGGACCUUACUACAUGCUACUCAUCACCAAGAAGAGCACUGUCGCGAUGGUGGGAGGCCACUAUAUAUAUCAGAUUGAAGGGACUGAGCUGGUUCCUCUUACGCCAUCCAAAUUCAAACCCGACGCUCGCAAUACGGAGGAGCAGCGAUUUCUCGGUAUCUUGAACAACCUUGACUUGACUCGCUCUUUCUACUAUAGUUAUUCUUAUGAUGUUACGCGCACCCUGCAACACAAUGUCAUCCGGGAGCGCGAGGCUUUAGCAAAGGGUAUGCUCCCACCAGACGACGAUGACUUCAACUCCAUGUUUGUGUGGAAUGACUACUUGCUACAACCCGCCGUUGCUUCUCUACGAGAUCCAUAUGAUUGGUGCCGUCCUAUUAUUCAUGGUUAUAUUGACCAAGCAGCUCUGUCGAUAUAUGGACGUACUGCGCACAUCACGGUUAUUGCAAGGCGGUCCCGCUACUUUGCCGGUGCCCGUUUCUUGAAGAGAGGAGCUAACGAUCUCGGUUAUGUUGCCAAUGAUGUUGAGACCGAACAGAUCGUUGCUGAAUCUCUAACGACAUCAUUCCACGCACCUGGGCCUGAACUAUACUGCAGUCCGCAAUAUACUUCCACUGGUGUUACGCCAAAACCCCCAAUAGAGCUCAAUUUAGUUGAUCCGUUCUACGGAGCAGCUGCACUACAUUUCGAUAACCUGUUUGAGCGAUAUGGAGCACCAAUUUAUGUCGUCAAUUUGAUCAAGUCCAAGGAACGCACACCCCGCGAAUCGAAGUUGUUAGAGGAGUACACACAUGCGAUCAACUACCUCAAUCAGUUCUUGCCGGAAGACAAGAAGAUAAUUCACAAAGCUUGGGAUAUGAGUCGUGCCUCAAAAGUGCGCGGAGGGGAUGUCAUAGGCAAUCUCGAACUUAUUGCAGAAUCAGUCCUCACUACUACCGGCUUCUUCCAGAAUGGCGAUGGUUUAACGAGCCCCAUGACAGCACAGAACGGAGUGGCCAGAACGAACUGCAUCGAUUGCUUAGAUCGCACCAACGCAGCACAGUUUGUCAUCGGGAAGAGGGCGCUUGGUCACCAGCUUCACGCUCUUGGCAUACUGGAGGACACAUCAGUCGAUUACGACACAGAUGCGGUCAACCUGUUCACCCACAUGUGGCACGACCAUGGUGACACCAUAGCCGUCCAGUACGGUGGCUCGCAGCUAGUCAACACUAUGGAAACAUAUCGCAAGAUCAACCAAUGGACCAGUCAUUCACGAGAUAUGAUUGAAAGCUUCAAGCGGUACUACAACAAUUCUUUUCUCGACAGUCAGCGCCAAGAGGCAUACAACUUGUUUCUCGGCAAUUACAUCUUUGUCCAAGGCCAACCGAUGUUAUGGGACUUGGCCACUGAUUACUACCUGCAUCAUGCCGAUCCGCGAGACUGGUCCGCUAGAAUGAAACACGACUACAUCAAUUGGUACGUUCCAGCUCACUUGCAGGAACGAACUGUACCGCCGUAUGUACCAAGCAAGGAUAUUGCGCGCGCUCACUCGGUCGAGUUCUUUGACGAUUAUUGGCUCGAGUACUACAGGCCUUCCACUCUCUCUUCCUUUCCCAAGAUGUUUGCUUACAAGAUGAACUCGACUAUUAAAUACAUCCCCCUAAAGUCGACGCAAGAUGGCCGCUACGACCUAAGCCCUUUCAGAGUCCGCACGGACAACGACGUCGAACAUAGCGAGAGGAAGAAAGCUAAGAAAGACGCUUCUUCGCGUGAACAUGCGUCGGCCCUGGCACGAGGUGCAACAACGGGAGUAAACGGGGCAUCAGACACAGUUUCGGGCAUGUCACCAGCGAAAGGUAUCUCUCUCCAACGCUGGUUGCAACCCACACAAGAUAAGAACAGCUCCCUGCGAUCAGAUGCAAACCAGCCGUUGAAGUCGUCCGACCACGAUUCUAAUGCGAAACCGACCGCAUUGGAAAAGUCCAAGGCCGCGCAAUGGACCUUUACCAAAGCCGUACACGAUUCUUUGAAUCCAUCUGUUGCGGAACAAGAGUCUGAAGAUUAUGAACGAUAUAUCAGACAUCCCCAAAACCUUCCUCUUGUUAUUUCGAGUGAUACGCCUGUCGACGUGGACGCAUCCGAAUAUCAGGAGUAUCUAAGUGGUGGCUGGCAGGAUGAGGGCUUAAUGGUGAAGGGCACAGAAGAAGAGAUUGAUGUCUAUGCCGAGCUGCUCAAGGUUGGGGAGAACCCCUUAACAGUUACUGAAGAGGACGGUCCCAAGAAACGAUACAAAGCCUAUAGGAAAUGGCUGCGUGGAAAGUCUUUCUUCAAGCAGCAACCAUUUGACUAA